AGUAUACUUGACGCCUCGCUCGAGGUACGACAUCAGUGCGCGAUAUAGAAGAAGUGGUGCGCGCAGUAGUAGUUCACUAGCUCAUUGUCAGUGCCGUCGUCUUCUUGCCUAGUUGAUAAAAUAACACGUCUUAUUUAUUGCAGUGUUGCGAAAACUAGUUUAUAUAUCUCAUCUACGAGAACAAACAGAGAAAACAAAUCAACGAUGAUUACCCUAAGGAUUAUUAUAGCGCUAAAUUGCCUGACGGUUUCGGUCUUCUGCUUAACCGCAGGGGAAAUUGAAGCACAAAAAAGCGGUUGGAAUUUAACCCCGAACACCCAGUACCACAUCCAAACCGACGAAGGGCCUGAACGUUAUUUCCGGUUCCAAACUCUCAAUGGACAAUACCGGAAGGAAAAAAGACUCGCCGAUGGAACCGUCAUCGGCACAGAGGGAUGGUUGGAUCCCUUGGGAUACUUACGCAUCAAGGACUACAUAGCGGACUCCCAAGGAUACAGAAUAUUGCGGUCCAAAAUGGUCUACGUCGGUAAGGAAAGACCGAUUCAGGAUGCGGUCGCGAUUUCCAAGAAGGUACCAGCCCAGAGUGGAGUCCUAGCGAAACCUAGAAGACCGGUCAAUCCAUUCAGGCAACCCGCACUCGCUGAUUUGCCGGGCAACAGCAUCGUCGAGGCGAAUACGGUAGCGCCUUUGAGACCAACCGCUUCAUCGGCUGUUCGUAAUCCCGUAGGUUUUCAAUACCUGCAUCCCUCGACACCGUCGCCGGAAAUAUCUCCGCCGUUGCGCGCUCCAAUUGCAGCGACCCCUUCGCCCUUCAGAGAACGAACACCUCUGCAAAAUUUGGAAGACGGUUAUUCGCAGCCGAACACGAAUCACCUACCGAAUUACCAGUUCCAAAGCCCCUACCAAAGUCCCUACCAAAGUCCUUAUCCUUACCACAUACCAGAACCUUCCGUCGUUUACCAAGCCCCUUUGUACGGCGAAAAAUAUCCCCGACCCGGUGACAGUGUGAUUUAUCAAUCGCCGAGUAAUUCAGUUUCCCAGCACUACCAGACGUCGGAGUCGCAAGCUUAUCCUCAAGCAUCCCAGCCGGGUUACGGUUCAAGUUUGAACAAAAGCUACCCCGAGUCCGGUAGUCGAACCGGAAAUAUCAUCCGGGGCAGUGUUAAUUAUCCCGCGGGAGAGAAGGGGAAAGUUAAUCCAGAAUUCCCGGAAUACGACGGCACUCAUACCGUCAAGGACGGAUUUCAGUAUUACUUGAAGACACAUUACCACGAAGAGGAACAGAAACAGCCUAACGAGGAUGAAAAAAUUGGAUCCUUCGGGUACAUCGACCCCUUCGGUAUCCGUAGAGUUAUUUAUUACAAGGCCGAUGCACAGCACGGAUUUAUUCAUAAGAAAAAUAACCGAUACGUCGGGUUUCAGGCGACUCCAUACGACCCCCAACUACCGACUCGAUCCUAAAAUUUUCGAUCCGAACGAUCGCCGAGCGAAUUUCAUACUCUCCUUUUCCUUGUUAUAAUUAUUAAUCACGUCCGUCACUUUUUGAUGGAGAGAGUCGCUGACGCGAAUAUUCCAUUUCAUCUCAUUCGAUCCUUUUUCUUUCCAGUCUUCGAAAGCUCGCGACGAUCAGAUCAAGGGUUUUUUUUUUUUCAUUACGAAAUGGUCUGGUUGAUUAUGCGCAAACUUUUAACGUAUAGUUUAUGAGCGAAUGCUAGCAUGUCGAAAAGCGGAUUAGCUCUGGUCGAUUUUUAUACCGAAAUAGCGUGGGCAUAUAAGUCAGCCGGACCUAUACCGACUCCCACGCGUCUCCUCAUUAUUUAAUUAGUUCGUUUUUUCGUUUCUUUUUUCUCCCUCUUUUUCUCAUACCUCGAGAUAUUAUUAUAGUUUAUCUAUAGUCCUGCCAUAAACUAGGGUACAUAUUUGCCAUUCAGUCCAACUACAUAGGUAUACGUUGAACGUACAAUUCACCUUCAGGCCUAUGAUCGCGUCUUUGAUUAGUAUAAUAUACUUUAGUUUAUAGAACUCUUGGUAUACGUUGAGCUUGAACUAGAUUCGCAUGAUAAAGUGACCACGACGCACCGUAUUAACGUUCAACCGGACGAUUAGUCACGAAAUAAAAGUUACGCAAUUACAUGGGUGUAAUGCGUAAUCGUAUACAAGUGCGACUGUGUAACGAACGUCGCAAAAUUAACGAUCGUUGAAAUUAUUGUUCGUUUCAAACGAUAAAACGAUCGAUUUUCGCGAUCUGCAAUAUUAGAUUCUUCCUUUUUAAUUUUUACGUUUAAUUUAAUGACGAUAUUUAGGGUAGAUCGACAUAAUCUUAGAUCUUAUGUAUAAUUUAACGAUAGGUAUUGUUGCUAAUAUUAUUAAUUAUUUUUGAACUGUGUCUGCCCUGUAGGUCACUGUGCAUUUAUAUUUAUCGAAAUUUUUUCUAUGUAACGCGAGUAUACCGGUUUUAAAUUUAUAAGUACUAGUUAUUUUUCAUUUUCUUUUUUUUAAAUAAAUGCACGCUGGUCACAGGGCUGCCUAUAAAAAGUUUGCCUGUAAAUACACGAAUAAAAAUCAUUGUCCUAAUAA